AUGGAUGACGAUACCAAGGCACCUUCGGGUGCCUCCCACGGCCUCAAAUCCGACAACAUCUCUACUGAUAGCGAUCCCGUCCUUACCCCCGGGCCCGAAGCUCCUGCCUCUCCCAACUCCUUGCCCGCCGACUCUUCCCUACUUGAUACACCAAUGCUAGGUGCCACGACACCCAGAAGCUCGCUUCAUUCGAGAAAUCCAUCCUUCUCUGGCAGCAGCUCUAACCAUGAAGAUUGGGACGCUCUGCCACCUCUCGAUCGAUUGACAGUCCUCGAUCUACUCGACAACUUCGCGCUGCCCCAGCAGCUUGAGAAGCUGCAAAAGGGCAUCUCUGCUCAGACGGACAAAGUUAGGCGAUCGAGAGAGGCGAUCAAGUCCAAGACAGCGCUCGCUCGUGAUCGCAUGGUUGAGGAAUGGCGGCGCCGCGUUCCUUCGGCUGACGAACAGCUCGAUCGCUACCGCAAGCAGAUGCAACGCCGUGUCGACAAGCUAGGAAAGCGUUGGAACGACACAAAGGUUAUCAGCGCACGGGAAAAGGUGUCCUUCAUCUUUGGCGUCAUGAACAUAUUCGUCAGCGGAUACCUCAUCGGCGGAUUCCCAGAGUACUUCCACCUGUGGUACACGGUGCAACUGUUGUACUUUAUGCCUAUCCGCUUCUUCACUUACCAUCGACGCGGCUACCACUACUUCCUGGCGGAUCUAUGCUACUUCGUCAACUUUCUGCUCUUCCUCUCCAUUUGGGUCUUCCCUAGUUCGAAGCGACUUUUCCUUGCCGCUUACUGUCUCGCGUUUGGAAACAAUGCAGUUGCUAUCAUCAUGUGGCGCAACUCACUCGUCUUUCACAGCUUCGACAAGGUCACUUCGCUCUUCAUUCACAUCAUGCCUUGUGCAACUCUACAUUGCAUCGUCCACCUGUUGUCUCCGGAAACCCAGAGGGAACGAUUUCCAGCGAUCUGGACCGUCAAAACUUCGCCUCCAGGAUCACCCACUGCAUAUGCGAACGUUGUCUCCAUGCUGGCUUGGAGCACGAUCCCGUACACUAUCUGGCAGCUUUCGUACUACUUCUUCAUUACGGUCCGUCGGAAGGAGAAGAUUGCGGCCGGUCGGCCCACCUCGUUCACUUGGCUGCGAAAGUCGUACUCCAAGACAUGGAUCGGGAAGUUGGUGCUGGCACGACCUGAGCGCAUGCAAGAAGCUUGUUUCAUGAUGAUUCAGUACUCUUACGCUGUUCUCACCAUGCUUCCUUGCCCUCUUUGGUUCUUGAGCCGCUGGGCCUCCACCGUGUUCCUCAUCGCGGUCUUUACAUGGAGCAUCUACAACGGCGCCACAUACUACAUUGACGUGUUUGGUGUUCGGUUCCAGAAGGAAUUGGAGGCUAUGAAGGCGGAGGUGAUUCAAUGGCAGAACUCGCCAGAACACAUGCCACACUCGCCUCCUUUGGGGCCUAGGCCGGAAGGAUCCUCCGCUCCUGACCAGAUUCACAAAGGAGCGACUGGUUCCGUGUCUACCAGCCAGAUCCCAUCGAUGAACGAAGUAGCCCGCGAGAAAGACAUGUUGGGCGACACCUCCCUACCCACAGAUGAAGCCGCUCGGCCAGUGAGUGUGGAUAAGAUCCCUCUUCUCGACGAAACAAGGGGCUCGACCAGUACUGGAGUUGACGGGGAGCGUAAUGACGCGACUCGGGAGAGGAAGUCGGGUGAGACACCCGCUGCUUGA